AUGAAUGCCUCCCCUGAGGCAGAGCCAGCUGCAGGUGACUCUCCUACAGAAGGGGCCAAGCAAAUUUUUUCUAUAACUUUUGCAUCGCGAAAACGGCCUUCGUCACCGCCUGCCUCCCCUGUGGCCUCUGCUGGCCUUACUGAAGCCACCCCUUGUCAUCUGGCACCUUUGGAAGCCGGCUCAAUCGGCAGUGAACAGCUGGAGCCUAGCAAGCUGCCACUGGAGGCUCCUAACCCCUGCGCUUCUGUAAACACAACAGUCAGGCACCUACAAGAUAAUGCUGGGUUUUCUUCAGGUGGGGACCAUCAACCUGUGUCCCUUGUCAGCAGAGACAGAUCUCCUAAGGGAAAAGGCACUGUGUUGGAGGAAAAUUCCCGAACCCAUUGUAUUGAACCAAAGGUCCAUUCUGUUAUGGAGAAGUGUGCAGAUGCUAUGGCUGCUUCUCAAGACCUUACUGGGCUGAGAGGAAAUGACAGGCUUUUAGGUGGUGAUUAUGAUGAAAGAGUUGACCCAGGAAGAAGGAUGACUGAUGGAUCCCUUUCCGUAAAUCUGCCACAACAAAAACCAGACAGCGAUUACCUCCAAAAUCAACUUGCAGGUUCCUUAGGAAGCUUUGUGCGCAUUUCUAAACCUCUUUCUCCUAAAAGUAAGGAGAGUUCAUGGACGACAGAGAGUACUCUCAACUCGAAUUCAUAUUUGGGAGAUGCUGAUACUGGGAAUAGUGUUCUGUUCCCUUCUUCCUCCCCAGAUCAUGUUUCAACCGUCAUGCCGAUGUCUCCUUCAUCACCAACCAGGAAAGCCCUGUCUGGCGUCCACAUUACUCUCUCGCCAAAACGUAUCAGUUUGGAUUUUCCAAGUCUGGCAGCCACAGAAGAAGAAAUCAGACACAGUAAUGUUAAGACUGGGCCUCCUCCAACAACUACAAGUGCACCCAAUCUCUUGUUAGAAACCACCUCUAACACAAACCCCUCUGAACUCUACCCAAAGACCAAAGAUUCUGCAUACUUCCCAAGAUCAGCUUCAUCUCCGGGGCCUGCCUUUGGGCACCUCCUUAGUUUAGAGGUAGCAAAGGCAGCUCUCCACCGAAGCCAGGAGCUGUUGGAAAGCACACUGAAUUGUUCAACCCCAGAUCAGGAAAACGUGAGAGUUUUGGGCACAGGCAGACAGAAUCGAGACCGGAAUUUCAAGGUCACGGUUUCCUCCCAAACAGAAAGGUUGUCCUCUGAUGCCAUCACUCAGAUAACAACUGAGAGCCCUGAAAAGACGACCUAUUCUGCAGAGAUAUUUGUUAGCAUUGACAAUGGAGAGCAAAGUGCCAUCAGGUCACCUCACUGGAAGAGUCACGAAAUCCCAAGCUCAGCACCCCCUGCUCUGCACCAGGCCCCCGUUUUGAACAGACAGGCUGGUAAGGCGCUCCUGUUGCCAUAUAAACCACCUGGGAGCUCAGAAAUGUACUACGUCCCAUGUCCUAAGGAAACACUCCGAUUGUCACGUGUCCGAUCCGAGACCACUGUGGAGAGCUCCCACUCAGGAUCAAAUGAUGCCAUCCCCCCGGAAUUUCCCGCACAGGUGCUUGGCUCGGGGGAUCAGACUCCACAGGACGCCAUAGCGAUCAAGCACAGAGAGGGUCUCUAUAGUAAAAGGGCUGUGCCCAAGGUUGCCUGGGCAGAAGGAAAAACAGCAGCCCAGGAACGCAUCCAAGAAAAUGCCCAAAUCAGAAAUUCCUUGGAAUCUGUCCAAGGUACCCAUUCGGUCUUCAGGUCGGCUCAGUUCUACCUGCACCAUCCGGUGCCUCUGCAGCAUGAAAUUGACUUCCUCACUGGGAAUGAGGCUGUGGAGCCACCUGCUGAGACUGAGUGCCCAGCGCCACCGUCAAGAGGCCUCUUCCAGUAUAAGGGAACGCCAGGGAGCAGCCAGGCCCCUUUCUCUCUGCAUCAGCCCCCAAAGGAGCAGAGGUUUUCCCCACUGAUUGCUGAACCAGAUUACAGUUGGGUUCAGGAGCAGGCGGUCAAGGAAACUUGUGAGAGAGAUUCUUCAAGAAAGGAAGCCCAAUCAGAUUCAAGGAAAGCUGAGCACCAAGUGGCCAAAGAACUUCCUCUUCCAGGCAGCCAGAUGAGUCACAUAAAAGACCAGCAGGUGGCUGAUCUGUCCCAGAUGCAAAGUGUUCAUUUUACCAGCAGUUUGGAUGAACUCUGGUCUAAAUACUUAGAGCGUCGUCAGCAGCAUCGUAAUGGUGGCAGUAACAAAAAUGAGCUCUCUCUAGUAGAGCGACUCGAUCGAUUGGCCAGACUCCUUCAGAACCCUGUUCGGCACGCUCUGAUGCCCAUGAGGGAGGAGCAGAGCAAUAUCCAAGAUAAAGGAAGGAGAAAAGAGUCAAAGAAGACCAGAUCCAAAGGGAAUACCCAGGGGGACCAAAGUAAUCUGGCAUCCCAAGUGGAAGAGAGCCGGGAUACCAUUGAUACCUCAAGGCUGUCAAAAUCCAGGAGACGUAAAACUGGAGAUACCAAAGCUGCUGCUGCCCAUAGUCGCAUCUUGGAGCAAAGUUGGAACUCGGAGACGCUGAGUGACACCUCUUCAGAGAUGAGGCCUGGCAAAGACUCCAGCGCGUUAACAGACACCAGCAACUCUGAAUCGGAUGCAGUGACCCAAGAAGAAACCACCCCUCAAACGGAGGCAAGUGGCUCUCUUUCCAGCAUCGACACCGCCAGGCUGAUAAGGGCUUUCGGGCACGACAGAGUGUGUGUGUCUCCUAAACUGUCCCAUCUGUACACCACCAUCAGCUUGCAGAAAACUCGCUCCGAAAAGGGAGGCAAGGGGAGCAGGAAAGCCCUGGCAGCAGACCAUCCAAAGACAGCUUGGCCUGAGCACAAAAGAAAGGGGACUCAGGCAACUUACCCCGUCAGUUCCUCGGACUCUGUUUCUACCGCUGGCAGUUUUCAAGGACCAAGCUCUGCUCUCAACAACAAGCGGACCACACGGAUGUUACACAAGGCUGUACAGGCAGGAGACUUUGAGAUAGUGAACAGCGCGACUAAGAAGCACACUCGAGAUGUUGGCUUGACUUUCCCCACGCCAACACCUAGCCAAGUGAAACUGCAGGGAGAUCGCUGGAAUGGAACGGAGGACGAGUUGACUUGGCCCGGAAGCAAGGGCAAACAGAAGAGGCAACCCGGAGGCUUGCUCGCAGAGAAAAGGAUGAUGAGGAACAAGCUGAAGUGGCUGCAAGGAGUUUCCUGGUUUGUUCCUGCCGAGGAUUUAAAAUCAGAUCCCAAGAAAGAAACCCGGCCCGGUUUUGUUCCUGACCCUGGUCCCUCUUGGUUUGAACCCCUGAGCGGCACCAAGCCGUGGCGAGAGCCCCUCCGAGAGAAGAACUGGCCAGAGGAUCUCCGUGACCUCCAGGAGGCCCUUGUCCUGCGCCGUCCUGACUUCAUUUCCCGUUCUGGGGAACGUGUGAAACGACUGAAGCUGAUCAUGGAAGAAAGAAAACUGCAGAGCGUGCUGCAGAGCGAGAGAGAGCAAUUGUUCAAUCCUCCGGGAGAGAGGAGGGCUUAUCAGAAUGGCAGUGGCCUUGUUUCUAACAGAGGCUAUCAAGCUGUCCAGGGAGCCAGGUCAAUUCCCAAGAAUGAAAUGGUUCAGCGAUCCAAACGGAUCUACGAACAGCUGCCUGAGGUGCGAAAAAGACGUGAAGAAGAAAAGAGGAAAUCGGACUACUCAGCAUACCGUUUAAAGGCCCAGCUUUAUAAAGCGAAAAUCACCAACCGCAUUUUGGGAAGAAAAGUGCCCUGGGAAUGAAGUUGGACCCCCCUCCUUCCCCCCGCCUCUGUGUCAAUAAAGUCUGUCACAUGUCGCAGAAUUUUCCGCACAUUCCCUGUGUAAGCAGAAAUCACUGAAUAGAAUACUAAGGCGGGUUUCCAGUAAUUCAAAACACGAUUCAUGAAAUUUCAGCUUGCAUUCAUGCGAUCCUUUUUAGUUAACGUGAUAUGUAUGGGUGUUUCUAUGUAUUUUCAAUCAGUGAUCUUACGAAGGUUUUUUAAAAAUUAAAAAUAGGUUUCUGAAAAAUGAUUUUUGAUCAUUGUGCCUCUCUGGCCCAGAAAAGGUAACUUUUUAAAAAAUAUAUAAAUUAAAUCUAAAC